AUGCAAGACUGGGCCAACACCUGCCCCGGCUUCCAGCACGGCGGCCCCACUGGCUGGCAAAACUUGGCCUCUAACACGCCGUGCGGCACCAACGGCAAGGACUGCAUGAAGAUCGUCGGGGCGUCCUGGAUGUGGUACGACCAAGAAGAAACCAAGUGGAACUACGCGAGCAACUCGUGCAACGGCGACUGGUCUACGUGCGGCCACUUCUCCAACAUGAUGAGCCCCGAAGUCAAGUCGAUCGCGUGCGGGUGGUCGGAGUGCGUCAACGGCAACUACGUCUGGUGCAACUACAACACGCCCGUGAAGUACCCCAAGGUCCCCAAGAUCGCCGGCAUGUCCAAGGUGGAGUUGAAGGCGAUGGUGACCCAAUGCCCCGGCGCGCCUUCGGACCAUGCCGUCAUUGCGGUCGGCUACGGCACGUCCUCGAGCGACUACUUCAAGAUCAAGAACUCGUGGGGCGCUCAGUGGGGUGACAACGGGUACAUCUACUUGCAGCGAGGCGUUGGCGGCAAGGGAAUGUGCAAUGUCGCCGAAAGCGUAUCGUAUCCGGAGUUGGACCAAGAAGUGCAAGACAAAGAAGCCCAAGUCCAAGAAGCCCAGGACCGCCGUGCCUUCCACCACGCAAGCGCCUAUGCCUACGUCGAAACCACCCUCGCCGUCCCCCGCUACUGGCACCACCGUCAAGGACCAACUGAUUCACCAGACGAACAAGAUCCGUGCCGCCCACGGUCUGGGCCCCGUGACCUGGGACGACGCCUUGGCGUCCAAGAUGCAAGACUGGGCCAACACCUGCCCCGGCUUCCAGCACGGCGGCCCCACUGGCUGGCAAAACUUGGCCUCUAA